AUGUCUCCAUAUCGGCUUGUGUUUGGCAAACCAUGUCACCUUCCAGUGGAACUUGAGCAUAGGGCUUAUUGGGCGAUUAAGCAAUUUAAUAUGGAUAUGGCAGCGGCUGGUGACAAAAGGAGGUUGCAGCUCAAUGAGUUGGAGGAGUUACGCAAUGAUGCUUAUGAGUCUAGUAGGAUUUACAAGGAAAAGGCUAAGGCCUUCCAUGAUAAGAUGAUCAAGAGGAAAACUUUUGUCGUUGGACAAAAAGUCAUUCUUUUUGAAUCUCGUCUGCGCUUGUUCCCAGGUAAACUUCGUUCUAGGUGGAUUGGACCAUUCGUUAUAACUAAUGUGUUUCCUCAUGGUGUAGUAGGAAUUAAGAGCAUUCGCACGGAAAAGGUGUUCAAGGUGAAUGGGCAUAGACUCAAGCCCUAUUAUGAGUCUUUUGUGGAGCAUGACUUGGAGGAGGUGCCCCUCCAAGUUCCCUACCUAUGCGUAUUAAAGGAUGUGCACCGUCUAGCUGCAGAUGUUAACGCAAGCGCUACUUGGGAGGCAACCCAAUGA